CAUGAUGGAAUUUGAACAUUACCUCAAGAGGUUUCAUAUUUUGGAUUAGUUAAUUGUGCUCAUCCUCUGCUGAUCAUUUCUUUGGACACAAUUUUUGGUGUCUUUUGAUUUAUUAAUGCAAAGAGAUUAUACCAUGGACCACAAGGAAAGCUGCCCAAGUGUAAGCAUUCCCAGCUCUGAUGAACACAGAGAGAAAAAGAAGAGGUUUACUCUAAAGAAACAAUUUCCUGCUAUGGCCUUGAAGAUACCUGCCAAAAGAAUAUUUGGUGAUAAUUUCGAUCCAGAUUUUAUUAAACAAAGAAGAGCAGGACUGAAUGAAUUCAUCCAGAACUUAGUUAGAUAUCCAGAGCUUUACAACCAUCCAGAUGUCAGAGCAUUCCUUCAAAUGGACAGCCCAAAACAUCAGUCAGAUCCAUCUGAAGAUGAAGAUGAAAGAAGUACUCAAAAGCUACACUCUACCUCACAGAAUAUUAACCUUGGACCGACUGGAAAUCCUCAUGCUAAGCCAACUGAUUUUGAUUUUUUAAAAGUUAUUGGAAAAGGCAGUUUUGGCAAGGUUCUUCUUGCAAAACGGAAACUGGAUGGGAAAUUUUAUGCUGUCAAAGUAUUACAGAAAAAGAUAGUUCUCAAUAGAAAAGAGCAAAAGCAUAUUAUGGCAGAACGUAACGUGCUCUUGAAAAAUGUGAAACAUCCAUUUUUGGUUGGAUUGCACUAUUCUUUCCAAACAACUGAAAAGCUUUAUUUUGUUCUGGAUUUUGUUAAUGGAGGGGAGCUGUUUUUUCACUUACAAAGAGAACGGUCCUUUCCUGAACACAGAGCAAGGUUUUAUGCUGCUGAAAUUGCCAGUGCACUGGGUUACUUGCACUCCAUCAAAAUAGUGUACAGAGACUUGAAACCAGAAAAUAUUCUUUUAGAUUCAAUGGGACAUGUUGUCUUAACAGAUUUUGGGCUUUGUAAAGAAGGAAUUGCUAUUUCAGAUACCACAACAACCUUCUGUGGAACACCAGAGUAUCUUGCACCUGAAGUAAUCAGAAAACAGCCCUAUGACAACACUGUAGAUUGGUGGUGCCUUGGUGCUGUUCUGUAUGAAAUGCUGUAUGGAUUGCCUCCUUUUUAUUGCCGAGAUGUUGCUGAAAUGUAUGAUAAUAUCCUUCACAAGCCUCUGAGUUUGAGGCCAGGAGUGAGCCUCACAGCCUGGUCCAUCCUGGAAGAACUCCUAGAAAAAGACAGGCAAAAUCGACUUGGCGCCAAAGAAGACUUUCUGGAAAUUCAGAAUCAUCCUUUUUUUGAGUCACUCAGCUGGACUGACCUUGUACAAAAGAAGAUUCCACCACCAUUUAAUCCUAAUGUAGCUGGACCAGAUGAUAUCAGGAACUUUGACACAGUAUUUACGGAGGAAACUGUUCCAUAUUCUGUAUGUGUGUCUUCUGACUAUUCUAUAGUGAAUGCCAGUGUCCUGGAGGCAGAUGAUGCAUUCCUUGGUUUCUCUUAUGCUCCUCCUUCAGAGGACUUAUUUUUGUGAACAGUCAGCCACCCAGAAACUGUUAAAAAAUACAAAUCUGCAGAUGGGAGUGAGACGCCUCUGUUUGUGUGAAUAUAUUCAAAUAUGUUCAACAGUGCCUCAUUUUUACAUGUAGUGUUGAAAAUGAUGAAAAUGUAUUUUCUGCUGUAUGCAAGACAAUAAGGCAUCUCAAGUAGCUGUUUUGAAUUAGAAUUUAUAUUCUUGUUUAUUAAGCUUAUUUUUAAACAAAGUUUAAAAGCUAUUCUUAACAUUAACCUAUUUUUAAAGAAAAUGUUUUGCUAUUGACUGUUUUCCCCCCUGCAGUUUACACUAACACACCCAAGAUUGACUUUUUUUUUAGCAAUCUACAAUUAAUACAUUUGUAACUCUACUAUGACUUGUAUGAUAUCAGCACUAUGCAAUGGGCACAUGGUAGUUUUAAGAGGAUACCAUAUCUGUUCAUAGUAAAUCACUGUUGGAAAUAAUUAGGUCUUGGUAGAAUUUAAAUGUAAGAGCAUAAUUAAUAGGCUGGCUAUUACUUAACAUAAAAUAAGCAUUCAUUUCUCAGAUAAUAUAAGAAGUAACAAAAGGAAAUCAGUUUUGAAAUGCCACUUCAAAUUGUAUAUCUUCUAGAAGAAAAGAAAAUUUUUAAUGCUUAGAAAUUUUAAGAAUUCUCAAAGAUCUGAAGAGAAAUAAAGUACUGCUAGAAUUUUUUAAGUUAGUGCAAAAAUUGAAUGUCUCUGUCAUUUGUGUAUACAACAAAUAUAUUCUAUUUACAUUCUUUUUGGUCUCUUAAAUGUUUAGUACACUGUUAUGUAGGUUAGAUCUUGAUAUUUUCUUUUGCAAAUAGCUGUUUUGAAACUGUCUUCUAAUUUUUAAAAAAUGGAGCAUUCCAGAUAUUUUCUUAAUUGGCAAUUAAAAAGUAAAAUAAGAAAUCUGGGUAAAUGUAAAUGUGUGUAAUUUUACAACACUAUAACAGAAGUUAGAACAAGUUAGAAGAUGUAUAUUGAAUAUCAUUUCCUUAUUUUGGGUAGUACUGGAGAUCAAACCAAGGCCUCAUCUGUGCUAAGCAAGUUUUCUGUUGCCCCCUAUAUUUUUGAAUGUCUUAGAAAAAGUAAAGGAAACUGACCUUAAAAUCAUAACAUACAGUUUAUAGCUACCAAAAAAAAUUAAGAUUGCUGCAUUUGGAAUUCUAAUUCUUAAAGCAGCUGUUUUUCAAGUCAUGUAGGAAACAGUACUAUGAGAUUAUAGUAACCCAGUUUAGAAGCUCUAAGAAAAAACUUCCUCUGUAGUUUUUUUUGGAGAAAGAAAUCACAAAAGUAUUCCUCAUCAUUACCAUUUGGCUUAACAAUGUACAGAAGAAUGACCAAGCAGCCAGUGUUCAUGUCUUUAAUCCUCACUAUUCAGGAGGCUGAGAUCUGAUUAUUGCAGUUCAAAUCCUG